AUGAAUCAACAACAAUUAAUAACAAAAUUGAAAUCAUGUAAAAAUUCAACAUUGAAUGAUAUAGCAAUACUAUGUGGCUCCCCAAUUUUAGGUCCAACCAAACCUCUGAGAAUUGAAGGUAUAAUAUCACAAUAUAAUUUAUUCCAAAAUCAAUUCAAUGAUCAAUUUUCAUCAACUCCUAAAAAAUCAAUAUUAUCAAUUGAUAUAGGUAUCAAGAACUUUUCAUAUUGUAAAUCACAUACUACAGAUACAUAUUCAUGGCCAAUUGAGAUAAACAAAUGGGAUAAAUUAAAUUUAAAUGAAAAAUAUGGCGUAAAUUAUAACCCAAUACUAAAUGACAAAACAAUAAUUGAUCAAAAACGAUACUUGAAUUAUAUAACAGAAUCAUUAGUUACUGAUUUAAAACCUAAAUUAUCAAAUAUCAAAAUUAUGGAAAUUCAAAGAACAAGAUCAAAUAAUAAUUCAAUAACAUUACCAAUAAUAAUGCAAAAUUCAAUAUUUGAAAAUUUAAUGUUUAAUAAAAUUUUUCCAGAUUUAUGUAUUUUAAUAACUUCUUAUAAGAUGAUUCAUUUUUGGAUAUAUAGAUUUAUUACAAAAAAUUCAGAAAAAAAUUUAAAAAAGAAUAAUAAAAUUAUUAGAAAAGAUUUAAUUGAAAAUUGGUAUAAUAAAUUAUUUACAUUACCCAACUAUAAUGAAGAACAAUUAAAUUCAAAAAAUAUAUUGACUUAUUUGAAGUUAGAUGAAAAGGAAAAAACUGAUGAUUUAGUAGAUUCAUUACUUUAUAAUUUAUUAAUAAAUUGUCAAUUAAGUCAUUUGACUGAUUUUAAUAAAAUAUUGGAAGAAGAUGGUGAUUUAGUGAAAUUUGUUGAUGACAAAAAUCAGUUUCAUAUUGAUUUAAUCAAACCAGUUGUUGAUAAAUAUAAGUUAGAAUUAAAAGUAUAA